UCGUUUCAUUGGGGUUAGGACCUAAUGAUCUAAAAUUUGUUCAACUACAAUUAUAAUUAAAAUUAAAAUUGGUAAUAUUGGAAAAUAAAAAUUACAAACAGUUAUAAAUAUUAAUCUCUAAUAAAAAACGAAUACGCUUUUAAAUUGUACCAUUGCCACGAUUAAGUGGUCGUAGAGAAGUAUCUUCCUUACUCAGCAGUAUUUUAUCGUUUUAGCUGGCAAUUUUUCAAUAAAUGAGAAUGCUACAAAAAAAAAUCAGACAGACGGCACACAUAUUUUAUUCUUUAUAUUUUAGCUUUGAAGUGGCUUAGAAAUAGAAAAUUAAAUAGUCAUAAAAAUACAUAUUUUACAAAGUAAGGGUCACAAUAAACAUAUGCACAGAAAUGAGUCAACGCCCAUAUUAACACCAUGCGUUUGGACUUAAAAAAAAGGUCGUAGAACGAUGAAAAAUGAACCGAUUUAUUUGAUUUUUUUAUGAUAUCUUAGAAAUGUCAUUGAGCGGGUCUGGUGAAAAAUUCAAGUCUUAAGUCGAAAACGGACGAAAUUUUAAAACGCUCGCAGGUGAGCGGCAAAAUAUUUCCGAACUUUGUCAAUAAUUUUCCCAGAGUGACCGAAUACUUUUGUUAUUAUAUAAAAAAUUAUUAUAAAAAAAUCGUUUUCAUGUCGUAAAGUGUCGCAAGAAUUUCGGGCGUCUCGAACGCAUUAAAAAAAAAAAAUGCUCGUAAAACGGUGAAAAUUGAACGGAUUGAAUUGAUUUUUUUAUCAUAUCUCAGGAAUGUCAUUGAGCGGGUCUGGUGAGAAAUUCAAGUCUUAAGUCGAAAACGAUGGAAAUUUUAAAACGCUCGCGGGCGAUAAAAUAUAGUGCUAUAUGCAAAUGCAAAAUAGUGUCAUAAUAAAAAUACAUAUUACACCAUAUAAUAAACGUAUGAGCAGAAAUGAAUCACUGUGCAUAUUAAACCAUGCGCGUAGACUUAAAAAAAAAAAGCUCGUAAAAUGGUGAAAAAUUAAUGGAUUAAAUUAAUUUUUUUAUCAUACCUCAGGAAUGUCAUUGGGCGGGUCUAAUGAAAAUUUCAAACCAUAAGUCGUAAAACAAAGCGAGCGUUUUUCUCAAAAACGGUCGAAAUUUUAAAACACUCGGGGGCGAGUGGCAAAAUUUUCCGACCUUCGCCAAUAAUUAUCCCGGAGUCUGUUGACCGAGUACUUUCGUUAAAAAAAAAAAUUUUGAAAAUCCGAGCAAGCUAAGUAAUUUUCCCAGAAAAGCGUUUUUUUCCUUGUUCUAUUAUUUAAUGAGAUUAAUAGAAUAGGCAAUACAAGUACUUGUUAUAAAUACAUUUAAAAUAUUUACUUUUGUAUUCAACAAAGAGGGGAUAAUAUAGGCUGUUGCCGUUUUCACAGUUACUAUAACGAUUUUAUGGAACCAAUUUUUAAUAUUAUUUUGGGGAAAAAGGUUGAUGAAUGGUUUAGCGUACUUUAUAUCGUAGCAAUUAUUUCAUAUGUCGAAUAGACAUUGUUUGUAAAAAAACCUACCUUAAAACUAUUUCAUUUUAUCAAUUUGUUGUGAUGUUCCUAUGAGAAAGCUUGUACUUUUAUGAAAAGCUAAACGUUAAUAUUGAAAUUACAUCAAUACAAGUUUAAAUAACAUUAUCUAAGUUAAAAAAAAAAAGUACAGUCGAGAUCCAACGUCAUGGAAGUAUUCCUGUUAGAUUAGUAUUGAUUAUUAUAUAUAUAUAUAUAUAUUUUAACAUGACCGGCAUUAUUGUGGACCGCCCAGGAAUUGACGUUAGGCAUUACUUCAGGGCGGCCUACACCAUCUUUGUAACUCACAACAUAGCAUGACUUCCCUCGAUAGCCAAAAAUCCGGUCGGUUACUUGGGUUGCACUACAAGGAGAUGAGGGACUUUAGGAUAGUGAACUUAAACACACUAAGGCGCCCGCCUAAACUAGCAACUCAGAUUCUCCUGGCCAUGAUUUCUUUUUGGCGAACGCCUGGACGAGCGACCACGUCUCCCGGCUUCCUAACAUCAGGUCCGCCGUAGACGCGACUUGGAACGUGGACCCCUGUUGGGACUCCAAAAGGUUUCGCUCCUGGGCCCAUGCUCGUACCGGAAGAGGAUGUGGAGAGCAUUGUCUACCUUGUCCCGAGCGGUCCGAAUAAUGGCCGCACGUUAGCGCGGCUGCUAUACGAAUAACGUGAGGAUACUCAUUUAAAGCAGCCAUGGCCAGAUGAUACGUUAUUAUGUAAGAUGAUACGUUAUAUCAGCGUGUGUCUGUUCCAUCCAACUGUCCAACCAAUUAGAUAUGUGCUAUUCAUACAUCAUUAUUUAACGAAAAAAUGAGGAUAGUAUUCAUAAUAAAUCACACUGAAGAUAAAAAAAAGAGUUUGAUUAUCAAUGUUAAAGAAAAUCUAAAUAGAAGAAUCGUUUAAGCAUAAUAUAUGAGAUUAAUUUGCUGACUUAUAUUUGACAAUUUUUUUUUUUAAAGAAUUUAAGUUAUUACUGUUGAAAAAAGAAAAUGGAUGAAUCCGUGGAUUGUAUGAUGGAAAAGGUUAUUGAAAAUAAGGAAGUUACUAAAAAACCAAACAUAAGAAAGGAUAAAACAAAUAUUAUUGUAUUAUUGUUAUUUUAUACUUUACAAGGAGUACCUAUGGGGUUUUCUCUUUCUAUACCUUUAUUUUUACAAAAUAUACACAAUUUACCAUUUAUUGAACAAGCAAAAUUUAGUAUUGUCGUUUGGCCUUACAGUAUGAAACUUUUAUGGGCACCUAUAAUCGAUUCUAUCUUCUUACGGAAAAUAGGUCGCAGAAAAUCCUGGUUAAUACCCGUGCAAUAUUUACUUGGUUUUUCUUUUCUUAUUUUGGGUUUUAAUAUAAACUAUUGGCUAGUCAAAACAAAUAAACCUCACAUAUACAUGCUUAUUUUAAUGGUUUUUUUCACAAACUUCCUUGCUGCUACACAAGAUAUUGUUGUUGAUGGAUGGGCUCUAUCAAUGUUGAAAAAAGAAAAUAUUGGGUAUGUAUCAAUGUGUAAUAGCGCAGGCCAAGCAUUUGGUAUAUUUUUAGGAUAUGUUCUAUUAAUUAUGCUCGAAUCUGAAUCUUUUUGUAAUAAUUGGUUAAGAUUACAUCCUACGUCAGGUGGUUUAAUAACAUUCCAAGGUUAUUUAUAUUUUUGGGGUUGUAUAUUUAUAAUGGUUACAACGUUAAUAGCUGUAUUAAAAAGUGAAAAAGAUAACUUGCACAAAUUAUCGUGUAAUAACUAUUACAGUAUGAUUGAAACUUAUAAGUUGUUAAUAAAUAUAAUGAGGCUUCCCAGCAUUAGAAUGUUUGCUCUUAUUUUAAUUACAAUAAAAAUAAGCUUUAGUUCUGUCGAUGCUGCAUUUAAUUUAAAAUUAAUUAAUGAAGGGGUUUCAAAAGAUGAUUUAGCUGCUAUAGAACUACUAUUGAUGCCCAUACGUAUAAUUUUACCAUUUAUCAUAACAAAAUUUACUUCAGCUUCUAAACCUUUGGAGAAUUAUCUCAUAUCAAUGUUAUUUCGAUUAGUAGUUGGUGCUGCUAGUACAGCCGUCAUAUAUAUUACUCCAUAUUUCUUGAGUCAAAAUGAAAAUUAUACUUUGAUUUAUAAAAUUAUAUUGUUUACUGUUUAUUUUUUACACGAGUUGAUAGUAUGCGUAAUGAUAGUAAAUAUUAUGGCUUUCUACGCUCGAAUAAGUGAUCCAAAAAUUGGAGGUACUAAUAUGACUCUGUUAAGUACAAUUGGAAAUCUAGGAACUUCUUGGUCAAAAACUUGUGCUAUAUGGUUGAUCGAUUUUUUUACUUAUAAACAAUGUUCAAAUGAUGAUUCUAAUAAAUGCUUUUAUAGAUAUGAUACAAAUAUUUGUACAAAAUCAGGUGGGACUUGUAGAAUUUCUGUAGAUGGUUUUUAUAUUGAAGCAUUAAUAUGUACAAUAUAUGGAAUAUUAUGGUUUUUUUUCUUUAGAAAACCUAUAAAGAAGCUACAGUCAAAACCAAUAAAUGAAUGGCAUGUCAAUAAGUAGAAAAAUUUUAUAUUUCUUAUUUUUAGGUUUAUUUGUAAUUUAUACUUGCAUAAAAUAUUAAAUGUAAUUUUUAAAAUUUUGUUAAUUGUUAAAAUUGAGUUUCUAUAUUUUACCUUGAGACUAAUGAAUUAUGUAUAAGAAUAAAACUAUUUUUAUGUUUUUU